GGACGCCAAGGAAGGGGGCGAGGAAAAUAUUUUUGGGAAGCAGAGUGAUCUUGCCAUCCUUCGGAAGACGGUUUCGGGUGAAAGAGAAUUUUUCGGCUUUUCCUCUUUCCUGUGACACGCAAUGGACACCUCGUCGAUCACCGUGCAGGCACAGUACUCCUUCAAGGGUUCCAACAACGAUGAGCUGUGCUUCAAGAAGGGCGAAAUAAUCACUCUAACACAACGCGAAGAGGGCGGUUGGUGGGAAGGAACUCUCGGCGAUAAGACCGGGUGGUUCCCGAGCAACUACGUGAAGGAAUAUGCCGGUCCACUGCCCCUUUCGGAAACGAUACGACCACCGGAGGAAAUCCAAGCGUUCCGGUCGGUGGUGUACCGUGAUCUGUUGGAAAGCGAAAAGGCGCACGUUGCCGAACUGCGCGGGAUGGUUGAGAAUUUUCUCGAACCACUGGAGACCAGUCAGAUCCUCUCCGCCGGUGAGUACACGCAGUUGAUGUGCAACUUUGUGGAAGUGGUCGAAAUGCACGAAGAAUUCCUACUCGAGCUCGAGGAAUCGAAUGACCGUGUGGGGAAAACGUUUCUCUCGAAGGCGCCGACGAUGAAAAAGUUGCACCAAGCGUACUGUGCCGCCCAUCCCCGUGCCAUUGUAAUAGUGGAUAAGUUUCGCGAGGAGUUGAAUGUGUUCAUGGAAAAGCAGGGUGCCGCCAAGCCGGGUCUGUUGGUGCUAACUACGGGACUGUCGAAGCCCUUUCGACGGGUCGAUAAGUACGCCGCGAUACUGCAAGAGCUCGAGCGGCACAUGGAAAGCGGACACCCGGAUCGGGGCGACACGCAGCGCAGUAUCGCCGUAUACAAGGAUAUUGCGUCGUCCUGUUCGGCCACCCGGCGGCAGAAGGAGCUCGAGCUGCAGAUACUGACCGGGCCGGUGCGUGGCUGGCAGGGGGCCGAACUGAGCACACUGGGCGACAUCAUCCACAUGGGCAGUGUUGCCGUCGGACCGGAGCACAAAGAUCGCUACCUGGUGCUGUUUCCGCAAACCCUGCUGAUACUGAGCGUCAGCCAGCGGAUGAGUGCGUUCAAGUACGAGGGAAAGCUGCCACUAACGGGCAUCACCGUCAGCCGGCUGGACGAUACGGACCAAAUAAAGCACGCGUUUGAAAUCAGCGGACCCCUGAUCGAUCGCAUCGUUGCCGUGUGCCAAGGGCCAGCGGAAGCGAAUCGCUGGGUCGAGCUGCUCGGUGCUAAGUCGGGCCACAGUAGCAGUGCGGGGCAGGAGCCGCAGAGCAGUGGCGGCAUGGUGGCCGAUUUGAAACGCAACGUUAGCAGCUCCGCGGUCAAUAUACCGCAGCCUCCACCACACAUGUCACCACCGGCCGUACCGGUAGCGAGCGGCAGCACCGGGAGCAGUCAUCCGUCCCGAAGCGUAACGUCCAGCAUCGUGCAGCACAUGUCGCAACACAAACGCAGCCAAUCGUUCAACCACCACCUAAGCUACAAUCAGGUGGUCCAGCAGCAGCAGCAGCAACAACAGCAACUAAAGCAACAUCCACCGAAUCCAAGUCUGUUACCUUCCCAGAGCUCCCUGAGCACGGCGGGCCGUCCCGAGGCAAACCUGGUGCCGGUGGUGGUGGCAAGUCCAAAAAGUUUUUCGGAAAGAGCUAACUGGAACAUCACGAACCUAAGACCGUCCCCUCCACUGCGCCCAGCGUUUCUCAGCUCGAUCGCGACCGGUGGCAGUGGUGGCGGCGGAACCGGACGCAGCGUAAGCAUUACCGGAAGCAUCGGUGGAGCCGCUGGGAGUUGCGUUGGAGGAGGUAGUGGCAAUAGCGGUGGUGCUGGGAGUGGCAGCGGUUCGCUCAACAAUUCCGACGCUGCCAGCCAUCAUCCUCAUCACCACAGUUUGUCGUUCAGCCCGAGCGCCAAGCUAUCGCCCACGUACGAGGAGGAUGCUUUGGUGCUGCGCGUCAUCGAGGCGUACUGUGCCGCCUACCAGAGCACCUCACGCAACACGAUGCACUCAGGUGUCGAGUACGACGAAAUGACUCCUACUUUGCGGCAACUCUUCAAAAGCGUGCGCCAACUGCAGCAAGAAAUGGCACAGGUUAAGGUGCAGAUAGCGGAAGAGCGUACCCAGCGUGGCCAUCUGCAGCAGAUGCUGUUGGGGCACAUGGAAACGCACGGGGCGGCCAACACUACGUGCUGAUACGAAAACGGAGAGCAAAAUCAGGCGGCCAGAACGAGAUCGUGGAUAACACCACUAAUUUGAUGAUCGUCUGUUUGAUGAAACAUAAUUGCCAUAGAGAGAGAGAGAGAGAGAGAGAGAGAGAGAGAGGUUGAUUAGAUUAACACGAAAAUCCAUGUAUUAUGAUUUCAACAUUUCUCGAGAGAAAAAUAGUAUUUUUGGAGCAAAGUAGUACAUUAACAAACCCGACUAAUAUCAACCCUCGCUAGCGUUUAGAUCCGUACGGCUAGUUCUAUGCGAACCCCCGGAGUGAACGUGAAAAUCACGAAGCGGUGGAAAUAAAACAAAAAGUACGAUA